AUGGGUGAUGCAUCUUCACCACCACCAACCUCCCGUACGGGAGUCUACUCUCCUAUUCUCAUGCCAAUCAGAAUCCUAACCCACAAUAUCCGCUUUGCCAACGACAACCCCGAAGAGUACGAAUGCAAAUGGGAGGAUCGAUUCCCUCAUCUUUCAAGCCAUUUUAAGUAUCACACGCGGGAAUACUUCACCCCUCAAUCGACCUUAGUCUGCAUGCAAGAGGUCCUCCACCGGCAAUUACAAGACUUGAUGCGUUUGACUUUCAAUUCCCCCAACUCCAAUCCACUCACCAAAGAGUCUAGCCAGACAUCGCCUGAGGCGAAUGACUGGGCUUAUCUUGGCGUUGGUCGAGACGACGGCAAGACGCAAGGAGAGUACAGUCCCAUCUUUUAUCGUCAGUCGGCCUGGAGAUGCUUACACUUCGAAACUGUCUGGUUGAACGAGACAGGAGAGGUGGGGAAGAAGGGAUGGGACGCAUCGAGUGUACGCAUCUUGACCUGUGCAGUUCUGGAGUCAGUCCUCUCUCCUGAGACUGCUUCCACCACUCCGAAAAUCAUUCUCGCUCUCAACACCCAUCUUGACGACCAGGGAGAUGUUUCCCGGCGUGAAGCGGCCAAGUUGAUCCUUGAGGUUUCUUCUCGGCUGCGAUCUCAAUACUCUCCGGCAUUCACCUUCUUAGCUGGGGAUUUGAACAGUCGCCCUAGCGGUGACGCAUAUAGAAUCCUCAAUGAAUCGGGAUCUGGCUUCGUAGACACAUGGAGCUUGAUCUCAGAUGACAAUAAUUCAGAGGGAAAGAUAUACGCCUACGGGAAUGAGCGAACAUUUACCGGGUUCGAACGGGACGACCGAGUAGAGGGAAAGCAUAGGAUCGAUUUCGUGCAUCUGGGAAUUACAGAGGGCAGUCAUGAUGACGCAGGGCUAGACAAAACACGUCAAAUGGUUCAGGCUUAUGGCGUUCUUCCUAGUAGGUUUGAUGACAAAGUCUGGAUGAGCGAUCAUCGUGCUGUUGUCGUCGAUCUUCUUGUUCCAUUCGGAGAACCAUCAGUUUGUGACACGCGGCAUCGAAUGCCUUUGGGUUAA